CUCUCUCUCUCUCUCUCUCUCUCUCUCUCUCUCUCGAUUCUGCAACAAACGAACGCAGUGAAGAAAGUUUCUUAACAACAACACUUGCCUACACGUUCUCUUCUAGCCAUAAACCAUUUUCACUUUCUUCUUAUACUCUCUCUUUCUCUCUCACACCAUUUUCUUUCUUCUCAAGAUUCAUCCUUUUUCUUUUUUCUGAAAACAAGGAUUUUCGUCCGGGAUCGUGUUCUGCUUGUCUGUGCAUUUCAGUUUUUCGUCUAAUGGCAAGUGAAAGUGCUGAAUUACCACCGGUUACCCCGGAGGUAACUACGUCGCCAGUGGUUGAAAGACGAAAGGCGGGCUCUGGAAAAAGCAGCGAAAAAGUUGUUCCGCGGUAUCUCAGAGCUUCCACCGGUUCGUGUCAUGAUAGAUGUAAAUAUGGGGGGAACCAUUCUAUUGAUCCGAAGGAAAGACGUUCGAUACCUGACAGAGCCACGAGAAAACAACUUUACCACCAGACUCGUGGAGAGAGCAUUGGUGGGAUGGUUGCGAAGUCCAGACUAUCGGUUGAUUCCAAGCUAACAAAGAUGUCAACGGAUGUACUCAAAGAAUCGGCUGAUUCUAAGCCGAGAAAGAUGUCAACGGUCGUACUCAAAGAAGCAGUCGGUUCCAAGGCUCGGACUUCUGAUUCCUUAGAAGCCAAAAACAGGAAGAAAACAUCAUCUGUUGAGGUCAAACCAUCACUAGUAUCGAAGUCGCUUAAUUCUCCAUCAACAAGUCAAGAAAUUUCAUCAUCAAUUGAUAAGGAGAUGCAACUUCUGAAGACUCCUUCAAAAUCAAUUUCGAAGGUUGAAAGUAUAUCAAAACCAACCUCUCAAGUCAAAACGUCGUCGAAAUCAACUGUCGUCCCGGUGGAAGCUGUGCCAAAAUCAAUUCUCAAGAAAGUGGAAAAUCCUUCAAAAUCAAUCUCCAAAGUCAAAACUUCAUCGAAAUUUACUUCCAAAACGGAAGGAACUUCAUCACAUUUACGUUCUUCAAAUGGCACCGAAAUGAAGUUGUUGACAAAGCCUUCGUCGUCAUUGAGUUCAAUUCGCGGUGCAACGAACAAAGGAAGUAACGAGAUCAAGACGGAAAAGAAAGUAGCUUCCUUCAAAGCAUCUCCAAGAAAACUGAAAGUACCUAUAAAAGCUUUGUCAUCUCCUAGAGCCUCUAUCAAGCACAAGAAUCUGAAAAUUGUGUCUCCUCUUAAGAAUCAGAAAGCUGCGACAAAAGUCGAACUUGAGGAACACGAGAAUCCAAGGAAUCAGAAGACUUUGACAAAUGUCGAACUCGAGGAAAACAAAAUCCAUGAGGUAAAGGAAAAGACUUUGUACGUCAUCGAGACGGAAACUGAAAACAAAACUUUGCAAUCUAAUCAAAACGCAACCUACGAUGAUGAUGAAUCGUACCUCCCUCAGUUGUUGACGCCCGAGUCUUCAUCAACCUCAGUUACUCAAUCCAUAUCCGAAGAAAACCAAGACGAAUCUGAAUACACAACUAGUGAAUACGAGCUGGCCUCUUUAUCGGGAAACUCUGAAAUCGAAAGCAUUAUAAACAACGAGACUUUAAUGGUCGACAAGCCGGGAAAGGUUAAGGAAGUAGAAGACAAGGAUAGCGAAAUGGCGAAAUUAAAGCUCAGAAAAGGGAAAGUGGUUGAUAAUCAAAGUGAGAGAAAUACUCCAAGAAAGCUUAAGUUUCGGAGAGCGAAAGCAUUGGAAGAGAAAGCAAAUGUUAAAGAGAAAGUUGUGCUGAGACACCAAGAUUUCGAGGACAAGAAAGAUGCACAAGGAUUGUUUAACAAUGUGAUUGAGGAAACUGCAAGUAAACUUGUUGAAGCUAGGAAGAGUAAGGUCAAAGCAUUGGUUGGUGCAUUUGAAACUGUUAUCUCUCUUCAAGAGAAAUAACACAUUCUGCAAAACAUAGAAUCAAUUUGGAUCAAGUUUUUGUUUUUUUUGGUUUGUUUUGUGUAAAUAAGUGAUAGGAGAAUAAGCUUUGAUUGAAGGGAGUUCAAAGUAGAGUAGAUUUUGGCUUGAAUUGUUCCUUGAAGCUCUCUUUGUAGAGUUGAAAAAAGGGAUUUUGUGUUUGAAACUUUUCUCUCUUAACUUGAAUCAUUAUAUAGUUUUUCA